CUUAUGUUUGUACAUAAUGCUGUAGCUGCUUUAUAUCCCUUGCGUAGCUGUCAACCUUUCACCGUCAAGAUAGAGAAUAAAGUACCAAAUUAGAGAAAGACUCCAAAUUACGACUCAUUCUUUUGAGUAGCUGUGUGUUAAUGUAGAAAGGUGAUCGAAACGGGGCAGAGCUCUCAACGAAUCAAAAAUACUGAAAUAAUCAAGGGCAAUUUUACAAUAUAAGUGCUAUUAGCAUGAGACAUUGACAGUACAGAAUAUGAAUCAAUACACCUUUUCUAAAGUAAAAUUAUAUUACUCUAAUGUCGUUAUUUAUUAAAUGUAAUUCACCACCUUUUCACCAAAAGUCGUGCGUUUUAUGAGAAACUGAGGGACAGAGCUAAAAUAUGAGUAAAAAUCAUGUACCAUGGACAACUGAGAGGUAUGAUGAACAUGACUUUUUGGGAUUGCCAGUAGUUGCUAGCUGUAUCCUGUGAUCAACAUCUCUUCUCAAUAAAACAGGUAUCGGAGGGAACAGAGUAAGAGUUGUGGCAGAAUAAGGACCGUCCCUAAACAUUAGAGACAGUUGACAGGGACACUCAUAUUUUGCCAGAGUUGCGUGUUACAUAUUCCACAUAAAAAUGCCGUACAGCAGUUGGCAUAUUCGCUGACUAUACAAUACGUUUGUGUGAGACAAAGUAACGCAACAAGCAUGUAGACACUAAAUGGCGAAAUGGUAAGAUAUUCAGUUAUGGGUCGGAUUGUGGUAAGUAGGUGAGGAAGCAUGAUUUACUCCCUACUAAAUAGUGUGCAAUUGAAAACAGGAAAUUAGCUGUUUAAAAUGUUAACGAUGGUUUUGGUAGAAACGGAACGUUUCCACUGAGCAGAAAGUAAAGUUCCACACCUGUGUUUAUCUUCCUGUUAGAACUUACUUCACCCGGAUAUUUAUAGAGGUCGGACCAACAUGUCUGCUGCUAUAGCGGCUCUCGCUUCUUAUGGUUCCGAUUCUGAGUCGGAUGAUAAUCAGCUUCAGGACAGAGACAAUGUUGCAAAAGAUGAAAGUCUUAUUCAUUUAAAGCCAUUGCCUAGUGGCAUCAGGUCGUUGCCUUUGGUUUUGAAUGCAGCGCCGGAAGUGGCUGUGAAAGAGGAUGUGGAAACAGGAACGCAUUUGGACCCCUCCACAAAUGAGGUCUGUUUCAAUCCUACAUAUGAUACCAUGUUUGCACCAGAGUUUGGCCCUGCCAACCCAUUUACAACACAGCAGAUGAGUGCACCACGAAAUAUGUUAUCAGGCUAUGCAGAACCAACUCAUAUUAAUGAUUUCAUGUUUGAACAGCAACAGAGGACCUUUGCAACUUAUGGGUAUGCCUUGGAUCCCUCCAUAGACAUAAAUCAAGGACCCGAAAGCACUUAUAUUGGAGCAGUGGACAAAGCUGAAAAAAAUCAAGGGUUAACUGUUUUUGAGUCACGGACAGCAAAGAAAGAGAAGAGAAAAAAAUUUAAAGAAAAUGAUGCAUCAAAUAUUGAUGGAUUUCUUGGUCCUUGGGCAAAGUACGUGGAUGAAAAAGGUGUGGCCAAACCUACAGAGGAAGAGCAAAAAGAACUUGAUGAGAUAACAGCUAAACGUCAGAAGAAAGGCAGACCAGAAGAGGAGAAACCUGCAGAAGAAAAGACUAUUCUACAUGUCAAAGACAUGUUCGACUACCAGGGCAGAUCUUAUCUUCACAUUCCUCAAGAUGUGGGGGUUAACUUGCGUUCUACAGAACCACCAGAGAAAUGUUACCUUCCCAAAAAACAGAUCCAUGUGUGGUCUGGACAUACUAAGGGUGUCAGUGCUAUCAGGUUAUUUCCACUGUCUGGCCACCUAUUACUGUCUUGCUCAAUGGACUGCAAAAUUAAGUUGUGGGAGGUUUAUGGUGAGAGGAGGUGUAUCCGUACUUUCAUUGGUCAUAAUAAAGCUGUACGUGAUGUCUGCUUUAAUAAUGCAGGGACUCAGUUCUUGAGUGCAGCCUACGACCGAUAUAUUAAGCUUUGGGAUACAGAAACAGGACAGUGUAUUUCAAGAUUUACCAACAGGAAGGUGCCAUACUGUGUCAAAUUCAAUCCUGAUGAAGAUAAACAAAAUCUUUUUGUAGCUGGUAUGUCUGAUAAGAAGAUAGUGCAGUGGGAUAUUCGAAACGGAGAAGUUGUGCAAGAAUAUGAUAGACAUCUAGGGGCUGUCAACACCAUCACUUUUGUGGAUGAAAAUCGUCGUUUUGUGAGCACUUCUGAUGACAAGAGUCUCCGAGUGUGGGAAUGGGACAUUCCUGUAGACUUCAAAUACAUAGCAGAACCAAGCAUGCAUUCGAUGCCUGCUGUUACUCUUUCACCAAAUGGGAAAUGGCUGGCUUGCCAGUCAAUGGACAACCAGAUUUUAAUCUUCGGAGCUCAGAACAGAUUUAGGCUGAACAAGAAGAAAAUAUUUAAAGGGCAUAUGGUUGCUGGAUAUGCCUGCCAAGUAGAUUUUUCUCCAGACAUGAGCUACGUGGUCUCUGGUGAUGCUGAUGGGAAACUUAAUGUGUGGGACUGGAAGACAACAAAACUGUACAGCAGACUUAAAGCCCAUGACAAAGUAUGCAUAAGUGCUCUUUGGCAUCCUCAUGAAACAUCUAAGGUCAUAACAUGUGGCUGGGAUGGAGUUAUAAAACUUUGGGAUUAAAUGCCUGAUGAAAACAGCAAAAGUUUUACAUCUUCUGUUGAGAUGUGUGGCUUAAAUCAACAAGAAUGCAUGUAGGUGUUUACUCAGUAAUGAUUGCAUUAUGAAGUGACUGUCUUGAAGAUGCAGGAAUCCAAGUUUAACAAAACUGUGGUGUUUCUUUUUUUUUAAAUAUAAGAACCAUCUUUGAAGAUCAACUACAGCAAUUCUGUCUCAUCUGCACUUCUUACCUGGUAAACCCUCUUGAAGGUCAGCAAGCUGUGUACAGUACUGAAUAUUAUCUUCUUGAAGGUGUAAUAUUUUAUAGUAUUUUACAAUAAAAUGUGCUUUAAAAGUGA